AUGUUACCUAGCAUGUUCGUAACUUUCGUCCCAAGCGCGAUGAUCGCUCAAGUCAACACUUUGUUUGUCAAACAAGGAACCACUCUAAACGCAAAGGUCGCCGGAAACUUCAGCAUCCCACCGGCGAGUCUCUCCGCCUUCGUCACGGUCUCAUUGCUAAUCUCCAUAGUCUUAUACGAUCGAGUUUUUGUCAAGAUCACCCGAAAAUUCACAGGAAAUCCAAGAGGCAUUACUUUGCUUCAACGAAUGGGAAUUGGUCUUAUCUUCCACAUCAUCCUCAUGAUCGUAGCAUUCAUCACCGAAAGGUAUAGACUCAAAGUUGCUGCUGAUCAUGGACUCAUCCACCAAACCCGAGUAAAACUACCUUUGAGCAUCUUUGCUUUGCUUCCUCAAUUCGUGCUAAUGGGUAUGGCUGAUGCUUUCUUAGAAGUUGCAAAGCUAGAAUUUUUCUACGAUCAAGCUCCAGAGAGCAUGAAAAGUCUCGGGACAUCGUAUACUUUGACGAGUUUAGGGAUUGGGAAUUUCUUGAGCAGUUUCCUGUUGUCGACGGUUUCUAAGAUUACGAAGAAACGAGGAAGAGGAUGGAUUUUGAACAAUCUUAACGAGUCUAGGUUGGAUUAUUAUUACUUGUUCUUUGCGGUUCUUAAUUUGGUUAACUUCGUCUUGUUCUUGGUCGUGGUUAAGUUUUAUGUUUAUAGAGUUGAGGUCACUGUUUCAAUGGAUCUGAAAGAAGAGGAGGCGAAGGUUAUGGUUAGGGAUGUCGAAGAGAAAGAAUAA